CUGAGUAGCGGGCAGAAUUUAGAUCCAGAGCACACAGAUGAUGGAUACUGAGUGGAUGAAUUUGUCUCUUUGGAUAGUCUAAGGACUGGUUCACAGGUUUGGAUUUAUUGCUCCAUAAGCAAUUCUCAAGCACCUGUGGUAUCAAACCGAAGGCCCUGAAAUAACCAGACCAGAAAAAGACACAGAAAGGGGGUCAGGAAGUGAGUUCAGAGCAUCUCAAGAGUCUGACUGCAGAAGGCAUCUCACUGUAUCCCUCCAUCAAGACCUCAAAUAAGACUACUUGAAAUCAUAAUGGAAAGCACCAGAACCUCUCUCUGGCUGUUUCUCCUGCUAAACCAGCUACCAUUAUGUCCUACGGAUGCAGACCAACACCUUUCAGCCACGCAGCUUUAUUCACACACAACAGAAGGUCAUGUUGGCAGCUCAACCCCUGAUGUGGAGCCAAGCCUCACUACCAUUGACCACACAAACUCUGAUACAGACACAAAUGGCACUCGUGGUGACUGCUUGAUCGACACGGAGAUGGGCCUGAUUGCUAUAAGUUCAGCAGGGGGGCUGAUUGUCUGCUUGCUAGUUGCCACCGUGGUACUGGCAUUCCAGGUCUGCAGCCUUCAGCGCCGGGUUUACGCCCCCCGAACUUCUCGGUCUAACAUGGACUUGGUGACCAGUACAGGCUACUGGGGCACUGACCAGCCAGAUGUCGGGGGACUGGUCGGUCCGUGUGAUGCCAGUGUCAUGCUUGAGGAGGUGAGAGCCGACAGCAAUAUGGAGGAAGACAAGCAGGCUGAAAUACGAGAGGCAAGGGAGGAGGCUAGAGCAGGACUUGAGGAAGGGACCAUAGCAAUGGCUUUUGAUCCUAAGGAGAGGGCCUGUUAUAUGCCGAGCUCCAGCACCAUGGACUCCUGUCUGGAGGUUCCCAGGGAUCUAGAGGACAUGCCCCUUGUUGUGUGAGAUAAUCUGACAUCGGUAAAAUACAGCCCUUGACACAAGUAGCAACUUCUCAGUUCUGCUACGUUGUGGCUUAAUUUUGUUUAUUUCACCUUAAAGAAUUGAAACCUCAAUAUAGUGAGGGUUGCCUGGGUAUUGUCUGAAAUUUGAAAUAUUAGUGCCAAUACAACUUAGUUUUCCUACAUAUUCAAAGGGAGUAAGUAAGUAAACAAGUUUAUAAAUGGUACGAUGUAUUUAAUGCCAGCUUUCAAGAAUCAAGUUGUAUUGAAUUUUUUUUCAGUAACAAAAAAGUAUUGUGGUUCAACACGUCACCCUUGUAAUGUGUAUAUAUUUUGAUGUAUAAUGCUACCAGUGGAAUUUCAAAUUCAAAACAUCUAUACCUUUGAGAAAAAGGGCAUAAGCAGUUUAAUCACACAUAACAUUUUAUGCUACACAUUCUUUACACACUUGCUUAACGAAAUCAACACAUCUCAAGCCUGUUUGAUUUGGCUCAACUGUCUUGUUUCACAACAUAGUUAGGCAGAAUCUAAGUAGUUCAACACAUUUUUUUGGCGAUACCAGUAUCUAAGCCCUGAACUCACACCAGGGAUGUCAUGCUUUGCCAAUGCCAUGUUGAAAUGAUGGUAAUAAAGUUGUGUACAAUAUCUGCUAACAGUCCCUAUUGUACUUAUAAAUCUCUGUUGAACUCUGCUUCUGUUCAUUUAGCUGUCUGCGAUCUCUUACCUGUUGACUUUCUCAUACUACUGUUCUAUCAUUGUUUUUGCGUACAAGAUGCACAGCCCAAUAACAUGUCAGGUUUAAA